UUCUCUCCGCCCCCGCCCGCCUCGGCUCCCGCAGAGCGAGUGUGUCCGUCUCGCUCAGUGUGCGUGGAGAUUAGGUUCGAGAGCCGGCCCCGAGGCCAGCAGUCUGCUAGCUCAAGCCGCCGCCGCAGCCAGCAGCCGCCUUCGGGAGCAGCGCCGCGGCGGAACCGGGCGCAGGGGAGCUAGCCCGGCCCCGCCAGCCCAGCCCAACCCGGCCGACUCCGUCUCCACGCCGGGGCAACAGCAGCAGCAGCAGCAGCAGCCGCCGCCGCCCGGAGAGAAGGUGGAGGAAGAAAUCCAGCCCCUAGCACGCGCGCACCAUCAUGGACCAUUAUGAUUCCCAGCAAACCAACGACUACAUGCAGCCCGAAGAGGACUGGGAUCGAGACCUGCUUCUGGACCCAGCCUGGGAGAAGCAGCAGAGAAAGACAUUUACGGCGUGGUGCAACUCCCACCUCCGUAAAGCGGGGACGCAGAUCGAGAACAUUGAGGAGGACUUCCGGGAUGGCCUGAAGCUCAUGCUGCUGCUGGAGGUCAUCUCAGGUGAACGCUUGGCCAAGCCGGAGAGAGGCAAGAUGAGGGUGCACAAGAUCUCCAACGUCAACAAGGCUCUGGAUUUCAUAGCCAGCAAGGGGGUCAAACUGGUGUCCAUUGGAGCCGAGGAAAUCGUGGAUGGGAACGUGAAAAUGACCCUGGGUAUGAUCUGGACCAUCAUCCUCCGCUUUGCCAUCCAGGACAUCUCUGUGGAAGAGACUUCGGCGAAGGAAGGGCUGCUCUUGUGGUGUCAGAGAAAGACAGCCCCCUACAAAAACGUCAACAUCCAGAACUUCCACAUAAGCUGGAAGGAUGGCCUCGGCUUCUGUGCCUUGAUCCACCGACACCGGCCUGAGCUGAUCGACUACGGGAAGCUGCGGAAGGAUGAUCCACUCACAAACCUGAACACGGCCUUCGAUGUGGCGGAGAAGUACCUGGACAUCCCCAAGAUGCUGGAUGCUGAAGACAUUGUCGGAACCGCCCGACCGGAUGAGAAGGCCAUCAUGACCUAUGUGUCCAGCUUCUACCAUGCCUUCUCUGGAGCCCAGAAGGCGGAGACAGCAGCCAAUCGCAUCUGCAAGGUGUUGGCCGUCAACCAGGAGAACGAGCAGCUCAUGGAAGACUACGAGAAGCUGGCCAGCGAUCUGCUGGAGUGGAUCCGCCGCACCAUCCCCUGGCUGGAGAACCGGGCGCCCGAGAACACCAUGCACGCCAUGCAGCAGAAGCUGGAGGACUUCCGUGACUACCGGCGCCUGCACAAGCCGCCCAAGGUGCAGGAGAAGUGCCAGCUGGAGAUCAACUUCAACACGCUGCAGACCAAGCUGCGCCUCAGCAACCGCCCCGCCUUCAUGCCCUCCGAGGGCAGGAUGGUCUCGGACAUCAACAACGCCUGGGGCUGCCUGGAGCAGGCAGAGAAGGGCUAUGAGGAGUGGCUCCUGAAUGAGAUCCGGCGGCUGGAGCGGCUGGACCACCUGGCAGAGAAGUUCCGGCAGAAGGCCUCCAUCCACGAGGCCUGGACGGAUGGCAAAGAGGCCAUGCUGCGGCAGAAGGACUAUGAGACGGCCACCCUGUCAGAGAUAAAGGCCCUGCUCAAGAAGCAUGAGGCCUUCGAGAGCGACCUGGCCGCCCACCAGGACCGUGUGGAGCAGAUUGCUGCCAUUGCACAGGAGCUCAAUGAGCUGGACUAUUACGACUCACCCAGUGUCAACGCCCGGUGCCAAAAGAUCUGUGACCAGUGGGACAACCUGGGGGCCCUGACCCAGAAGCGGAGGGAAGCUCUGGAGCGGACAGAGAAACUGCUGGAGACCAUUGACCAGCUGUACCUGGAGUAUGCCAAGCGGGCUGCGCCCUUCAACAACUGGAUGGAGGGGGCCAUGGAGGACCUGCAGGACACCUUCAUCGUGCACACCAUCGAGGAGAUCCAGGGACUGACCACAGCCCACGAGCAGUUCAAAGCCACCCUCCCUGAUGCCGACAAGGAGCGCCUGGCCAUCCUGGGCAUCCACAAUGAGGUGUCCAAGAUUGUACAGACCUACCAUGUCAACAUGGCAGGCACCAACCCCUACACAACCAUCACGCCUCAGGAGAUCAACGGCAAAUGGGACCAUGUACGGCAGCUGGUGCCUCGGAGGGACCAGGCCCUGACGGAGGAGCAUGCCCGCCAGCAGCACAAUGAGAGGCUACGUAAGCAGUUUGGGGCCCAGGCUAACGUUAUUGGGCCCUGGAUCCAGACCAAGAUGGAGGAGAUCGGGAGGAUCUCCAUCGAGAUGCACGGGACCCUGGAGGACCAGCUCAGCCACCUGCGACAGUAUGAGAAGAGCAUUGUCAACUACAAGCCCAAGAUCGACCAGCUUGAGGGCGACCACCAGCUCAUCCAGGAGGCGCUCAUUUUCGACAACAAGCACACCAACUACACUAUGGAGCACAUCCGCGUGGGCUGGGAGCAGCUCCUCACCACCAUUGCCAGGACCAUCAAUGAGGUGGAGAACCAAAUCCUGACCCGGGAUGCCAAGGGCAUCAGCCAGGAGCAGAUGAAUGAGUUCCGGGCCUCCUUCAACCACUUUGAUCGGGACCACUCCGGCACGCUGGGUCCCGAGGAAUUCAAAGCCUGCCUCAUCAGCUUGGGCUAUGAUAUUGGCAACGACCCCCAGGGAGAGGCAGAAUUUGCCCGCAUCAUGAGCAUUGUGGACCCCAACCGCCUGGGGGUAGUGACAUUCCAGGCCUUCAUCGACUUUAUGUCCCGUGAGACGGCCGACACAGAUACAGCAGACCAAGUCAUGGCUUCCUUCAAGAUCCUGGCCGGGGACAAGAACUAUAUCACGAUGGACGAGCUGCGCCGGGAGCUGCCGCCCGACCAGGCCGAGUACUGCAUCGCGCGGAUGGCCCCCUACGCCGGCCCCGACGCCGUGCCUGGUGCUCUGGACUACAUGUCCUUCUCCACGGCGCUCUACGGCGAAAGUGACCUCUGACCCGCCCCGGCCGGUCCAGCGCCCUCGCCCCCGACGCCUGAGCGCCCGCCCUGCACCUCCGCUGCCCCUCUCCCCGCCCGGGUGUGGUUUCCGCUCAGCCUCGGCCAGGGCGAGCUGGGCCCCACGUGGCAUCGAGCCUCCCUGCCCGUGAAGUGACAGUUUACAGAUUAUUUUCUGCAAAAAAGAAAAAAAGUUACGUUAAAAAAAGUAAAAAACUAAAAAACCACAUAUUUUAUUAUAGAAAAAGUAUUUUUUUCUCCACCAGACUUAAAUGGAAAAGAGGAAAAAUUAACUAUUUGCACCGAAAUGUUUUGUUUUGUUGUGACAUAGGAAAAUAACCAAGCACAAUGUUAUAUUCCAUCCUUUUUAUCGAUUUCUUUCUUUUUUCUAUCUGUUCCAUCUGCUGUAUUCAUUUCUCUAAUCUCAUGUCCGCCUUGAUGUGGGAGUGGGGGUUGGGGCAGGGAUAAACUUGUCAGAAGGCACAUUGGUGCAUGUGUGUUUGCUAGCUCACUUGUCCAUGAAGAUAUUUUAUGAUAUUAAAGAAAAUCUUUUGAAAUGGCUGUUUUUUAAGGAAGAGAA